CUAAAUCUAUGAUAAAAACAGUGACGUUAGCAGUGAUAUUUUUAUAUAAUAGAGUAAAUGAAUAGGUAAUUUUCUUAAUAUAAUUUAAUAGAAUAAUGCUAAAGCGUAUAGUGCCCCAUCCUUCGCAAACCUUUACUCGCCAAAUAGUUUGUGUUCCUAAGCAUAAACCUCCUGAUCAAAAGGAUUUUGAUAAACUACGUGAAUUCCUAAUUAAACAUGAAAAAUUGCUUAUUUUGACUGGUGCUGGUAUUUCUACAGAAUCUGGCAUACCGGAUUAUAGAUCUGAAGAAGUCGGUCUCUACGCUCGCAGCAAUCACAAACCAGUCCAAUAUCAGGAGUUUGUAAAAUACCCUAAAGUAAGACAGAGGUACUGGGCCCGAAAUUUCAUUGGUUGGCCAAGGUUCAGUGCUGUAAAGCCUAAUUCUACUCAUCAUUCUAUUAGAACCUUGGAAAAGGCAGGAAAAGUGACCGCAGUAGUAACUCAAAAUGUAGACCGUCUACACCACAAAGCAGGUUCAGAGAAUAUAAUAGAGUUACAUGGUACAGGUUACAUAGUAAAAUGCCUCAAAUGCCCAUAUGAGAUUGACCGGGCACAGUUGCAGGAUGUCAUGAUGAGAAACAAUCCAUCUAUGGAGAACAGCAUCACUAUGAUCAGACCAGAUGGAGAUGUUGAACUUAGUAAAGAACAAGUAGAUAACUUUAAAACACCUCUAUGUCCAAAAUGUGAAGGUCCCCUAAAACCAGAUAUAGUUUUCUUUGGUGACAAUGUACCAAAAAACAGAGUAGAGCAAGUAAAAAAAGAAGUAUCACGCAGUGACUCAGUAUUUAUUCUGGGAUCAACACUUACUGUAUAUUCCAGUUAUAGGAUAAUUUUACAAGCAAAGGAAGAGCAAAAAAGUAUAGCAGUACUGAACAUAGGUCCUACAAGGGCAGAUGACAUUGUAGACUUAAAGAUUUCAACAAAGUGUGGUGAUAUUUUACCAGAGCUGUGCAACUCUAUAUGUACCUGAUUUAUUAUGUAAAUA